AUGGGCGGCGGCAACGGUGAUGGAACCACCCCGCUGGGGGAGCCGCUGCUGGCGAAGAAGGCGAGGGCGUACCGGCCGAGGUGCCCCGGCUGCCGGGUCGACCGCCUGAACGCGGAGCGGGAGGGGGUCUUCCCUCUCAAGGACCUCUUCCUCAUCUGGCUCGUCACCAUCACCUGCACCCUGCCGAUCCAGUCUCUGUUUCCCUUCUUGUAUUUUAUGAUAAGGGAUCUGAAUAUUGCUAAACAAACACAAGACAUUGGAUUUUAUGCUGGUUUUGUUGGCGCUUCAUAUAUGUGUGGGAGAGCAAUCUCCUCAACAGUAUGGGGAAUCGUGGCUGAUAAGCAUGGAAGGAAACCGGUUAUCGUACUGACCCUUGUUGCAAUAGUUAUCUUCAAUACUCUCUUUGGACUAAGCUCAAACUAUUGGAUGGCAUUAAUCACACGAUGCCUGCUUGGGGUCAUGUGUGGUUAUCUCGGGCCAAUUAAGGCUUAUGCUACAGAAGUGUGCCGAAAAGAAUACAAUCAUCUGGCUUUGGCAGUUGUUUCUUCUUCACGAGGCAUUGGUCUCAUUAUUGGACCAGCUAUUGGUGGUUAUCUUGCGCAGCCUGCAGAUAAAUAUCCAAGCAUAUUCUCUCAGACGUCCAUAUUUGGGAGGUUUCCAUAUUUUCUUCCCUGCCUGUGUAUAUCGAUCCUUGCAGUUGUUGCUCUAAUUGCCUGCAUCUGGUUUCCGGAAACUUUGCAUAAACACAAUGAGGAUACCGUUGAUAAUUCAGUUGAAACUGUAGAAGAAUCUCUUGCUGGUACAGACACUGAAGAAAAUGGAGGUGGUGGAUGUCUAAAAUUAUUUACAAACUGGCCGUUGAUGUCAUCUAUUACUUUAUAUUGUAUCUUCUCUCUUCAGGAUGUGGCUUAUGCAGAGACGUUCUCUCUUUGGGCUGUCAGUGACAGAUCGUAUGGUGGAUUAAGCUUUACUACCACAGAUGUGGGCAAUGUCCUUGCAAUGUCAGGUCUCUUCCUUUUUCUAUAUCAAAUGUUGAUUUAUCCAUUGCUUGCAAAAAUGGUGGACCACAUCACAUUAGUUCGUGCAGUGGCGAUAUUGACUCUACCACUUCUUGCUAGCUAUCCAUUCUUUCCUUCAUUGAAAGGGUUCAUGCUUAUGUUGGUAGUAAAUUGUGCUUCUUUUCUGAAGAAUACUUUCUCGGUAACUACCAUUACCGUGUUCAACAUUUUGAUGAAUGAAGCUGUGACUCAGGAUGUAAGAGCUGCAGCCAAUGGUAUAGCUGUAACACUAAUGUCCAUUUCUAAAGCUGUUGCUCCAGCUGUUGCAGGAAUUAUAUUUUCAUGGGCCCAAAGGCGUCAAAUAGCUUCAUUUCUUCCAGGCGACCACUUGGUGUUCUUCAUACUGAACAUCUUCACGCUCACCGGUCUCAUCUUCACCUUCAGACCGUUUUUUGUUCGAGGCAGCGCGAAGCACUGA